GGCGAGUGAAAUGGUGAUGGUGUCCCUGAGACGGUCUUUAAGCUCCAACAGAAAUGUCUUUGAGCUCCUCCCUCUUCUUCCUAGGCGGCAGUCACACAUCCCCCCUCCCCCCCCCCUCAUGUAGCUUGUGCUGCUCACCUUCUCUUCUAUCUUGCAUUGCAUCUCUUGUCCACUUCAAUCUUGGUUCGCUUCUCGAUUGCUCUGUUUUUUGUUAGCCAUCUCUGCUGCGUACAAAAACACUAGAGUUGUUUCGUUGUAGCUGACCAAUUGUGGAGAGGCCGGGACUUAAGCCCCGUGUCUGGGAUUUGAAGCUGAAUACUAAGUAGGUUGCAGGGUUUUGAUCCUUGUCUUUGCUUGAUCGCCUGGACAGACGCAGGAAGUCCAUUGCAUUGCAUGUUUCUCGUUCGCUGCUGAAGCCCCGCAAACGGUCGAUUGGUGUUUCAGAAAGAACCUCGUAGGAUUAACAUUGUCCUGUCCCGGUUUCUUUUUAGACUGUUGAUCCAUGAAACAGUAGAGGGAAGUGGAUGCGGUUCUUUGCACUUGACGUCUGAGGCUUGUGUUGGUUGCAGCGGCUUCUACCUUUUUAUGUGAUCCAACCUGUGAUCUAUGGACGUUCCUCUUGAAUCGGAAAGAGUGUCUCCUUAGUAGGGUUGGGUGCUCAGGUGCUCGCUACACUUCUUUCCCUCAGACUUGAACUCGGUCAGAUGACACAUCCUAGGUGUUAACUCCACACGUCGAACUAAGUUCUUGAAUGAUCCUAUCCUUCCACAUUGAGAGGCACUGGAGAAUGGGAAUUUGAUUCUGAGGGUCCUCUGUAGAAUAAGAUUUUAAUCGCCUGCUCAUUUGAGCUUCUAGAAACCCUGGCUCGCGAUCUGACUCCGUUUUCCCCACGGUCCACUCGGACAGUAGCCAAGGUCCCAGCAGACACUAUGGCUGCCCGAGCGGAAAAAGACAAAGGCGUAGCUGUUCAAGUUCUGCUUCGUUGCAGGCCCUUCAAUGAAGAGGAGAAAAGGGCCAAGACUCCUCAGGUCAUUUCUUGCAAUGACUCCCGUCGAGAGGUGACUGUGUGUCAGAAUAUCGCCAGCAAGCAAAUUGAUAGGACGUUUACCUUUGACAAGGUGUUUGGGCCAAAUUCCAGACAAGUUGACCUAUAUGACCAAGCUGUAGUGCCCAUCGUGAACGAGGUCCUGGACGGUUUUAACUGCACGAUAUUUGCCUAUGGCCAGACUGGGACAGGGAAAACCUACACCAUGGAAGGAUCGGGAAGAAAAUCCAAGAAUGGGGAUCUUCCUGCCGACGCUGGUGUAAUUCCUCGUGCUGUUCAACAAAUUUUUGAGACACUGGAUAGGGACAAUCAAGAGUAUAGUGUCAAAGUCACAUACUUGGAGCUCUACAAUGAGGAGCUUACCGAUUUAUUGGCGCCUGAAGAGUACUCAAAGGUGGUAAUAGAUGAGAAGGUCAAGAAGCCACUAGCUUUGAUGGAGGAUGGAAGAGGUGGAGUCCUCGUCAGAGGUUUAGAAGAGGAAAUUGUUACUAGCGCUAAUGAGAUUUACACUCUGCUUGAUAGGGGUUCGGCCAAGCGCCAGACUGCUGAGACGCUGCUGAACAAACAAUCCAGUCGUUCUCAUUCCAUAUUUUCGAUCAUAAUUCAUAUCAAGGAAACCACUCCAGAAGGCGAGGAGCUAAUGAAAUGUGGAAAGUUAAACUUGGUGGAUCUGGCCGGAUCUGAAAAUAUCUCUAGAUCUGGUGCCAAAGAUAAUCGGGCUCGAGAAGCUGGAGAAAUUAACAAAAGUCUUCUUACUCUUGGACGUGUCAUUACUGCCCUUGUCGAACAUCUAGGGCAUGUACCCUACAGAGAUAGCAAGCUGACAAGACUGCUCCGAGAUUCUUUGGGAGGGAGAACAAAGACAUGCAUCAUCGCCACUGUAUCUCCAUCUGUUCAAUGUCUGGACGAAACACUCAGUACGUUGGAUUAUGCAUAUCGGGCCAAGAGCAUUAAAAACAAACCUGAGGUGAAUCAAAAAACAAUGAAGUCUGCUCUUAUCAAAGACUUGUAUGGGGAGAUAGAGAGACUCAAAGCAGAGGUCUACUCUGCUCGCGAAAGGAACGGCAUAUAUAUUCCACGUGAACGUUACUUUGAGGAGGAAGCUGAGAAAAAGGCGAUGGUGGAUAAGAUUGAACGCAUGGAAUUUGAAGCUGAGUCUAAAGACAAGCAAAUCGAAGACCUACAGCUCCUGAACGACUCCCAGCAACAACUGUAUUCAGAUCUUCUCAUCAAGCUGAAUGAAACCCAGAAAUCGCUCGAGUACACGCAACACAACUUGAAUGAGUCAACAGACCACUUGAAGCAGGCGAUUAGUGCAAUCAGGGAACGUGACUAUGUCAUAACUAAGUUGAGAGAGUCUGAGAAUGCCCUCGUUGACCGAGCUGGAGAACUAAGAAAGGAGCUGGACGCUGCUGUUCAGGAUGUCACUGGCUUGUUCGCAAAGAUAGAACGGAAGGAAGUGCUGGAGAUCAGAAACCACAAACUGGUGGAUGCCUUUCACAGCGGUUUGACAGAACACAUGAAAGAACUACGCACCUUGGUAGUAGCUGGUGUAGAUAUUCAACAUCAGCAAUUGCAGUCACUGGAAGAGCAGCUUCAGUCGUUUCUGAAUGUCAAGGACCAGGCUCUGGAAGAGCUGAAGAAUAAGCUUCAAGGAUUAAAAGACUUGUACCUGUGCCAGUUGCAGUCGGUUCACACAGCUGUGCAUGCUCACGAGGCUUUGUCUACAUCCACGGUCAAGUCCCUAGAUUCUACUGUGGCAGCCCAUCCGGCACUGAUUGAGCAGUUGCUGGUUAGCGCCGUCGCUGACGCGCAUAGCGUUCUUCACGAUCUGCAAGAAAAUCUCUCUACCCAGCGGCAAGAAGUUGCCGAUUUCGCCCAAAAACAGCGUGAGGUGGCCCUAAAGAGCCUCAAAGCCGCCAAGGAUAUCACGCACACGUUGGUUGCGUCCUUGUCCACAAUGGAGACUGAUGCCGUAAAUUUCCGAGAGCACGUGAAUUUCUGCAGUGCCAACCAUGAUGAAGAGCUCCACAACCUCGCCGAGGCCUACGAGGAACACGCUAAGAGAGAACAUACUCAGCUUCUGGAAAGCAUUACAGCAAUGUUGGCAAGCUCCUUGUCAGAACGGACCAAUCUUGUUCGUACGCGAGUUCAUAAGCUGAGGGAUAACUGGAGUCAACAUGCCCAUGUGGCGCAAGAAGCCGUUGGCAAGAUCCAGAAAGAAGCUGUUGCCGCUAAUGGAAGGUUGGACGCCUUCAUAGCCACAUCCGACGCCUCCUCUGCCCAAGAAGCAGCCGUGUUAGCCACAAAGGUGUCUCGGAUGGAGGAAAUUCUUGAAACUUGCACCAAGCACACAGCAACAUCUGGAAAUAAAUGGGUGUCGACUUACAAGGAAGUGAACGAUGUAGUGAAGUCCCACUCCGUCGUCGUCAAUUUGAUUCUUGGGGAGGGUUUGAAAGCGAAUACAGAUCUUCUACACAAUCUUCAAGGGCUCGAGGAAACCGCAUGUUUGGAGAUCGAGAAAGAAAAUAGAAACACUGUGACAUACGUUGAUGAUAUCUGCACUGGAGACCACGAAGCAGCGUCCAGGAUGCUAUCGGUCAUGAAGUCACAGGAAGGAGCUGCAACUGAACUUCAGAGCAUGCAUGACUCAAGAUUAUCUGUUGUCCAGAACCAUACUCAUCACUAUCUGAAAGAUGAAUACAUCGGUGACAAACCUACGUGCACAACUCCACGGAAAAGAGCAAUUCAUGUCCCCACUCUGUCUUCAAUUAACGGCCUGUGCACUCCACUGUUUGAUACUCUGGUCAACGAGUUCCGAGCUAAGAAUACCGCCGGCGGUAUUGAUAGACCAAGUAAAGUGUUCCAAUCGGUAGAGUCUCCGUUCCGAGACUCUCGAACACCGCUUACCACCAUCAAUUAGUCAGCAUUGGUAGUGACCACGUGGGGAAGAGGUGGGCACGGCUCCAGAUGUAGAAAAGUAAGGCCGCUUGGACAUGAGCUUAUCUAGCCAAUCGCUCGCUGUUGCCACCUCUUAAACAAUCUCCGUGAUUAUCCUACAGACCUUCCGUAGCAUGAAUCUUCUGAUGCGAGACGAGAAGAGCUACACUACGAUAUCACUGCUUGAGGCAAUUUCUGCAAUGUCGCUAAAAGAGGAUUCGAUUACGUAGAUUUUAGCUCCUCCCCUUGAGGGAAGGUGUCUUGUUGGCACCAGAGGUUAGCAGAUAUUUUGUAUAUUAUGAGACUCACCGCUUUGAUGAGCACCAUGUAUUUUCCCUGGUGCAUUGAAGUGCCCCAAGUAACUGUUUUGACAGUGCGAAUUCCUAUGACAGCAGAGAAUCUGAGAAUAUAUCCAGACUCCCUGUGUUGCCUCCCCCUCAAA